AUGCAGCCGUAUGAGAGCCAGAUUUUCCAACAGAAAGUCUAUGAAGAGCAAGCAAAACAGCUGCGACAGCACCAAAAGGCUGUAAAGGCUCUGCAACGUCUCACAGCUACAGAAGACACGGUAGAGGAACUCAGACCAGAAGAGAAGUCAGAGCCACUUAUACCAGAAGAGACGGUGGAAGAACUCAUACCAGAAGAGACGGUAGAGGAACUUAUACCAGAAGAGAAAGUAGAAGAACUCAUACCAGAAGAGACGGUAGAGCAACUCACACCAGAAGAGAUGGUAGAGGCACCCAUACCAGAAGGGACGGCAGAGGAACUCAGACCAGAAGAGACGGUCGAGGCACCCAUACCAGAAGAGACGGCAGAGGAACUCAGACCAGAAGAGACGGUAGAAGAACUCAGACCAGAAGGGACGGCAGAGGAACUCAGACCAGAAGAGACGGUAGAAGAACUCAGACCAGAAGAGACUGUAGAGGCACUCACACCAGAAGAGAUGGUAGAGGCACCCAUACCAGAAGAGACGACAGAGGAACUCAGACCAGAAGAGACGGUAGAAGAACUCAGACCAGAAGAGACGGUAGAGGAACUACUCAUACCAGAAGACAGCCAACUGGAAGUCUUACCGGCAGAGAUCCAAGAGGCAGCCGUAACGAAGCAAGCCUCCGCUGAAGAGACUGUGGAUAUUUCUCUGGAGGAAGAAACACAGUCCAUCGCAAAAGGCACCAGAUCUGCUCAUCUCGUGGCUGCAGCGAUGAUAAAGAAGUUAAUUCAAAAAAGCCCACAUGGUCCUUGA